AUGGGGAAGGGCGAGGGUGACCCCGACACGUACCAGAGCGACUACGCCGAGUUCAUUGCCACCACUCAGACGAGUCUGGAUUGCGUCGGCGUUCACACCUGGAGCCUCUGUUCGUCCACAAGGCGGGGAGUGCGCCCGAUCCGGGCGUGCGUCGUGCUGCUGCCGUCCGCCGCGCUGCUGAUCUUCCAGUGCCUCGUGCUGCUCGCCAUGAGCCUCCAGUCCUUCCACCCAAUGUGCGUCCACAACGAGGACUGCCGGGUCGGCAUGUGGUGCGCGCCGAGCAAGGGCCCCGGGGGAUACAGCAGGGAGCCGGGCAUGUGCGACGACUGCAGGUGGGCCACCGGGCUGAGCAACCAGGAUUUCGGAAAGCUCCCCAUCCGAUACAGAGAAGACGCCUACGCGGCCAUGACGGAGCCCGACUUGCCGCUCUCCGAGACUUUGGCGAGCGCGGUCUCAUAUUGCGCCGCCCUGGACACCCAGCCAGACCGCUGCGAUUUCAUUAUCAAUUUCCGCAACCAGCUGACUCUCGGCCCGCUGGUCGUGCUCCUCUUCGUGACCUCCCUCUUUCUCAUGUCCCUCGUCUCGGACAUGGACAAGCACACUCAGGCGUACAAUGUGUACCGGCACAGGCUCGCGAAUGUGGCCGUCGCGGGCAAGGCGACCGUCUGCACCUUGCUGGCGUCGCUGAUCUUCAGCCUGAGGAGGUUCAUCCUGCCAGGCAUCGCCACGUACGCCUACGCGACCCUCAUCCUGGCCGGCCCCGCCACGUCGGGCAGGUCCCUGCCGCUGUCCGCCGUGCUGUGCGGCCUCGUCGUCGGCUUCGUCUACAACAUCGACAGCCUGCUCGCCGUGACGGUCUUGAGCGAGAAGGCGCAGGCGGUCGUCCGUGAAGCCUUCGCGGACAUGGAGGCCAACUCGGAGGAGAGGACGGGCGAGCUCACGCGGCACCAGCUCCCGCACUUCCUCAACCGCCUCUUCGCCACCUGCCUGGGGACGCUGGUCCUGCUGGAGGUGCUGGCCACGGAGACCAUGCUGGACGUGCCCAUCUUCCGGCUGGACUGGGACGGACUCCCUCUAAGCUGGGUGGCGAACCCCACGCCCAAGUCGUGCACCAAUGUCGUGACCAUGCUGGGCACCGCCACGAUCUUGACGGUGGUCUUCUUCACGUUCGGAUGGAGCUUUGUGCAUUACGUCUCGAAGACCAGCGCGAAGUGGGCAACCGACCUUGAUGCGACGGUUUCGCCAAUGGUCGCCCUGAUGACCGCGCCGAUCCUGUCCUACAUCAUUUUGCAUCUUGGGUACGUCGCUUUCCCAUGA